UAAAGCCGCCCGGCUCAAGAGGAUGGUGCGGCUGGCGGCCGAGCUGCUGCUGCUGCUGGGGCUGCUCCUGCUCACCUUGCACAUCACCGUGCUGCGCGGCGGCGGCGGAGAGCCGCAGGGCCCCGCGGGCGCCGCCAACCACAGCCAGCGGCAGAACACGCUCACUGCAGAUGACCGUUCUCCUGAAGACAGCUUUACCCUGAACCCUGAGGACAGAAGAGAAUACCCUGAUCUCCAGGCUGCCCACCGGCCAUUCCCUAAGCAACGAUUCAGGCAGGAAAAUGGGCAUACGUCCUUACAAAGAGAUGGACCCAGAUCUUUCCUCCUGGAUCUCCCAAACUUCCCUGACCUAUCAAAAGCAGAUAUCAACGGGCAGAAUCCCAACAUUCAGGUUACCAUUGAAGUGGUGGAUGGCCCCGACACCGAGACAGACAAGGACCUUCAGAAAGAAAGCAGCAAGCCUAGCUGGCCAGUCUCGUCACCUGACUGGAGAAACUGGUGGCAGAGGUCCUCCACCUUGACUCGCAUGAGCAGCGGUGACCGGGACUACAAGUAUGACAGGACUACUGAGGACAGCAACUUCCUGAACCCUCUCGGUGGGUGGGAUGGUCAUGCACCCAGUCACCGGACACAUGAGUCCAAGGAGCAGCCAGAGUAUGACUACAUUGAUGGUGAGGGUGACUGGAGCUCAUGGUCCCUUUGUAGCGUCACAUGUGGGAGCGGCAGUCAGAAGCGGACGAGGUCCUGUGGGUAUGCCUGUACUGCCACCGAGUCACGGACCUGCGACAGGCCAAACUGCCCAGGGAUCGAAGAUACCUUCCGGACAGCCGCCACAGAAGUGAGCUUACUUGCUGGGAGUGAAGACUUCAAUGCUACUAAACUGUUUGAAGUUGACACUGAUAGCUGUGAAAGAUGGAUGAGCUGCAAAAGUGAGUUCUUAAUGAAAUAUAUGCACAAAGUGAUCAACGAUCUUCCCAGCUGCCCAUGCUCCUACCCCAGAGAAGUUGCAUACAGCACUGCUGACAUCUACGAUCGAAUUAAGAGGAAAAACUUUCGCUGGAAAGAUGCAAGUGGUCCAAAGGAGAAACUGGAGAUCUAUAAGCCCACUGCACGGUACUGCAUCCGCUCCAUGCUCUCUUUGGAGAGCACAACACUUGCAGCUCAGCACUGCUGCUAUGAUGAUAACAUGCAGCUAAUUACCAGAGGGAAAGGGGCAGGUACACCAAACCUGAUCAGCAUCGAAUUCUCAGCAGAACUCCAUUACAAAGUGGACAUUUUGCCCUGGAUUAUAUGCAAAGGUGACUGGAGUCGGUACAAUGAAGCACGGCCUCCAAACAAUGGGCAGAAGUGUACAGAAAACCCUACAGAUGAAGACUAUUACAAGCAGUUUCAAGAAGCAAGGGAAUACUGAAUAGGUUUUCCUCCUCUUCAAACAGAAAAUAGCAUUCAUUGCCUGGAUGCCAAAGAACCGAUAACUGCUGCUGCAUUAUCUCCUUGACAGGGGCUGAUCAGUUGCUUUCUAAUGAAUGUGUACAGUUGUAAUAUAAUACAUAACUAUUUUUCAUAGUGUGUGUAAUUUAUAAGCACAUAUCUCUAUCUCACACACACCUAUUUUUACAUACAGACAUGCAUAAAACUUGUCCCGGAUAUUUUAUACUACAGUAAUGUUCAUUUAAUAAUGUGCAUUUUGUUUUAUUCACCAACAAUAAUGUGAGUAGGAGAGGGGGGAGCAGGAGGGAGGGGUGCAGCUGCCCUCACCAUCAGGACCAAGGCCCCACCUGAAGAGGGCACAUAUUUAAAAGUUAUUAGGGACAAGGGGGUUGAAAAAUGAAAACCAUUCCCAUAUGGAAGAGUACAAGAUUAAUGUAUCUACAGCAUCAGUUUUCUCUGAGUGAUUUCAUGACUAAUAAUGUCUAAGACAGAUUUUUUUUUUAUUUUUUUUUUUUGGAAGUGGCUAUAAACACUCACUAGCAACUGCAAUUCUUUCUGUUACCUUCCAGGCCAGGUCCUCACUACCCAUCUGGGUAGGCCUGCAGCGAGGGGGAGCUGUGGUUUUCCUGUGGACCAGAAACAGUCCCAGGGCAGGGGUUCUCUAGGAGUUACCACAGCUCCAGCUACAGAACUGCAGCUGGCAGGGCCGGUGUCUUAUGCUGGGGAGCAGAUCUUCAGGGCAGCUACCUGUAAGCUAAGCAUGCUAUAGGUCUUUGGAGGAGAGAAGCUGCAGGAGGAAAUCCCCAAUUUUUACAUUAAAGAGUGUUUAUUUUUCCAGUGACAGGAAAAGUGGAAUACACAUUUCUAAGUAAGUUCCCUCAGAGAAUGCACCCAGCCUUUGUCUCCCCUUCCUUUUUGUCAUAUGCUGAGGGCACAGCAUCCUACAGAAGAAGUUAUUCCUUCAAAAAGCUGUCUGGGAAGAACUAGGGUGAGUUAGAACUUGUUCAUUUUUUUCAAAAAAGCUAGCAUUAUUUUUGUAAAGUAUUUAUUGAAUUAUAACAAUAGCUCACAUAUGGGAUGUCUCUCUAACAUGAAAGGCUGCAGUAGAUGGAAUGCAAUUGGCAAGAAUGACUGUUGUUCGGCAAAGAUUUUACUUCCAAAUUUUUAUAAAGCCUGUUUACAUACAUGAUCCUGUAAUGAAGCGGCUGAUACCUGCGUUUCUAUGAAAGGUAAAAAUAACACCAUGGGUAAAUAAAUAUUUACAGUUCCAUUCUGUA